GUGCUUCUCGGCCUCCGGCGUACUCACGACUCUAAACUCGGUGUCCGUUCUCAGGUGACCUCGCCGCCAUGGAAGACGAUCUCAUCGUUGUCGACGACGUAGACGACAUCGACCACGACCACGACCAGGAUCCGGACGACUCUGGUCCGUCCAAGGACGCCGACCAGGACUACCGUCCGACCCGUGCAGCGGCAGCGGCAGCUCUUCGUGCGACCCGUGCAGCAUCAAGAAGAAGCACGCCUCCAGUGUACACCAUGGACUACUCGGAGGGACGAACGACACGCUCCGCCUUGAACAGGAAUAAGCCGCCGCCCAAGCUCAAGCUGAAGCUGGGCGAGAAGGCGGCAGCGAAUGCUCCUGGCAUGUCAUUCCUCGGGCCGUACGACAGGGAACUAGACUCAGACGAUGAGGACUUGGUGUUUGAAGAGCAGUUCGUAUUGCGAAUGCCGCCCGGAGAGGAUUGUGACAGGCUGAGGAAGAUGGUCGCCGCGCGGGACAUCAGCAACGACGUAUGGUUCAAGUUCAAGGACUCGCGACGAGCUGUGUUCCACAUAGGCAACAAAACAUAUGCGGCGAAACUCGUCGACUUGCCAUGCAUGGUCGAGGCACAGAAGACAUUGGACAACAAACAGAUGUUCAAAGUGGCAGACAUAUGUCAGAUGCUCGUCGUUGAUAAGCCCAUCGAGAACGAAGAUGGUUUAACGAGCCACAAGGGUUUCAAUGUCGACGAGUUCAUAUGGCCACACGGUCUCACACCUCCCCUCCACCAUGUUCGGAAACGACGAUUCCGGAAGAGAGUCAACAGACGAACAAUUGAGACUGUUGAGCAAGAGGUCGAAAGACUGCUGGAAGAAGACGCCUUGGCAGAUCAGGUCCGGUAUGACGUACUCGAGAAUGUAAACCCUGACCUCUCCGACUCGGAGUUUAUCGAGAAAGAGAACCCUAUGGACCCCACUACCCCCGGCUUUGUCGGCUCUGAUGCAGGAGAUGCAGCAACCCCUGGUCUAGACCACGGCGAAGGCGAUGAGGAGGGUGACGAAGGGCAAGAAGGCGAAGGGGAGGGGGACAUCGACGAGGAACUUGCUGCCGAGCUUGACCUCGCCUUGGGGGAUGAAGAGGAAGCGGAUGAUGAGGAGGCAGAUGAUGAGGAAGAGGAGAGCGAAGAGGAUGACGAGGAUGACGAUGAUGACGAUGACGAGGCCCAGGCAAGGAAGCUCCUCAAUGAGGAGAUCAGGGACUUGGAGGCGGCGGUUGCGAAGAAGGGCAGUGAGAUUGCCAGCUCAGCGAAUCCUCUCAUCAAGAGGCGAUUCGAGGACGCGUUGAGGAAGCUUCAAGCAGACCUCGACAUGAAGCUCGCCCAGCGAGACGAGCUGAAGGAGAAGCAGAGGAUGAGGAAGGAGGGCGUCGUGCCCGAAGAAGGCGACACCGAUGGUAUCAUCGAAAAGGACGGAGAAGAUGGGGAGGAAGAAGAAGACGAUCUCUUUGGCGACGAACCGGGUGCACCCAUGGACAUUAAUGAGUGA